AUGGCAUCGAAAGACAGCACACGAGCAUCGUGGACCCUUGACCGAGACGAGUUCAUUGUCACGGCGCUCCAAGCUCAGCUCAAGCGUGAAUACAAAGACGUCAAGUACUUACGCGACAACUCUGGGUUUGGGUGGAACGAAGAGUUGGGCCUGCCUACUGCACCAGAUGACGUCUGGGCUGCUGUUCUCAAGGCAAGCCCAUCAUGCAAGAAAUUUCGGUUCACACCGUUUCCGCUCUACGAAAAAUUGGCCAUCCUGCUCGACGGAGCGUACGCGGACGGGCGAUUUUCUUCGAUGCCACCGGGCUCCAUCGAGCAACGUGACAACAGCGGCAAUAAAACAGCGUCUUCACAUAACAUGUCCAAAGACUACGACAACUCCGACAGCAGCUCCGACGAAGCAUCUCCCCCACCAAAGAAGCUCAAGCAAAAGUUAGUGGACGUCCAAGCAUGCAAGGCAAACCACCAGCAAGACCCACACGACAGAGUGACGCAAGCGAUUGAUUACCUCAUUCAGAACUACAGCCAUUUGGACGGCAGCGUUCUCGCAAAUCUGGCUGAUAUGAUGGGACAAGAAUUCAAUGCGACCAUUUUUAUGACCCUUCGUGGGCCAGCGCGCGAUGCAUGGAUAGCCAAGAACAGCAAUUAA